CUGGGUUGCAAGACUUUGGGCUCCAGCGCUAAAAACUAAGCUGCACCGCAGCGAAUCGCAAAAAACAGUCGAAUAGCAAAUAUAUAAUACAUCAGCAGCCAGUGCGGCGCCUCCACAUCAUGGCCCGCACCGGCAGGGUCCGCAAGGGCCGCACGCGCCCGGACAAGGUCGGAGACGUCCACCCGUGCCGCAAAACGAUACUCGACGACCCAAAAUUCAUCCUCAUAUUCGGCAUCCUCAUGAACAUCAUAGCUUAUCAGCUGUUCGGGGGCAUCGCGGUGCAAGACCAGCUCGGCGCCUUCGCGGUGGCCAUGGUCAACGCCGUCUUCUCGCACCCCAUGUUCGAGACCCGCUUCGACGACAGCUACAACAUUGGUUUUUUCGUGCGGUCCCGGGUCAAGAAUUUGUACGCCAGACGCAUGGUUCUUUGCAGGUCGCGAGGUUGUUCUCGCACGGUUUCAUACAGUCGACCGAGUUCAUCGACGCCAUGAUCGAGGCCUACGACGAGUCGAAGGACCGCAACGUGAGCGUCGGCUACGUCGGCGUUGCGAAACUGUUCAUCUACUUCGGCAUAUUAGGAUACAAAGACGGCACGCUCGACAACGACGGCUGGGCGCUCAAGCGGGUGAACUGGGUCAUCGAGCGCACGUUCGGCCGGAGCUACUGCAUCGCCGCCGAGCACGUGCUGCUCUUCUGUUUGAACAUCGUCCUCUCGUGUCCUUUUUUGUGGUCCUGCACCUACAAAACGCUCCUGGCGCACUGCUUCUGGGGCGGCUACUCCUUCGCGGUAAAGCCCCUCCUCAAGGGCCUGUUCACGGCCUACAUCGACACCUACGAGGACCGCGCCGUCGUCCCGCAGUGGGCGAAGUUAAGAAAAGCUGCCGAAGAAGAGAACCCCGCACAGCUCCAGGCGGCCUUCGUGCCGCUCGCGUCGGCCUUCGACACGUCGUUCACCUGGAAGUACAACCAGGCCGGCUUCAAGCUGGUCGAGGAUGCCAUGCACAGCGCCGUCGCGGAGCACAUUGCGUCGAACUUGAAGCUCCUGCCGACCAUCCGCGGCCUACGAGCCGGCGGCGUCUUAUGUGUCCAGACGGCGCCGACGAUCAAGGACCACCCGGGCCUCAAGAUCAUCGUGCCGCUGAAAGCGUCGGACGGCAACCUGUCGGGCCUCGAGAGCGCGUUAAAUCUGGACGACAUUAGGCGCAACCUGUCCAGCGGCGUCACCCUCGGUUUAGUCGCGGCGCACACGUUCGGGGUCUGCGGCACGAUCUCCAAGGGCCUCCCUAGCUCGAUCACGGCCCCGCGCGUGAUCACGUACCUUAAAUGUUCCUUCACGAACCUAGGAACGAAGCAUGGGGCCUCGACGUCGCUCAUGGCCUCGGUCCUCUGCAGCGGUGCCGUCGUCGACUUGACUGGUACUGUUAGAUUGAAAAUGUACCGACCCGGCCAGCACCACUCCACGGACCCGCUCCCCGACGACGUCCUGACGCUCUGGAACGACCGCUCGGACGUGUUGCGGGUCAACCGCGGGGCCUUCGACGAGGUCGUCGAGCUCGCUAGUUCUUCUAUGUCGGUUGAUUUGCCGGAGCGCCUGGAGCAGUUCGCCCAGGGCCAGCAGGCCAUCUUUGAGUUUGCUUUAUUGGUGGGCAAGCAGCUCCGUGAAGUGAAAGAUAAGGCCGACGCGCCACAGCGCUUCUUAGCCAAGUUACGCGAGCUCGUCGCGCGCGGUGUCUGACCUCUUCAGGAAUCGAUCGGUCGACGCGUGCGGUCGAUCUGACGCGCGUGCGGUCGAUCUGACGCUGUUUUUGCGCGCAGGAAGCGUCGGCUGCUGAUAAUAAUUUGAAGGGCGUCGGGCUGACGAUUGGCUUCUGGGCGGCAGCUGAAAUCCGAUCGGGCAGCAGCCCCGACCCCCUCCAGUGCUUCGAGACGCCGGUGCCCCAGAUGAUGGAGGCGUUGUCGGGCGUGGGCAUCCACUGCGUCGACGCGAAUAUUGAUAGAGACGAGUUCAUCGAUAAAUAUUUGGGCGGGUCGACGGGCGCUUCGGCUGCUCUUGAUAGUUUGGCGAUUUUCGUCCCGGACAGGCACCUGACGCACCCUACACCAGCUGGUCUUCCUAGACAAUUGCGGAGCGCCGCUUAUAGAGGCAACAUGUUCCGUGCUGAUGGCCUGUGGGAAGCCCUCGUCAAGGCCGGCGGCGACUUGACCCUUAUUAGAGAUUUAGAUUUGCGCCGCGUGUAUGAGCCGACGGGCGAAUAUGCGACGAACGACUUCCCCCCUUAUAACGAGUACCAGGUGGUCCGCGUCGUGACCGAGGGCCCGGAAGGCGUCACGUACCGGACGACGGAACAGGGGCACCCUCGGGCGGCCGUCCUGGCCGCGUCGACGCUCGCGCGGGACCAGCAGGCCGAGGUGGACUCGCGCGACGAGCUCUACAAGCACUUAGACGACCACGCGCUCGCCGAGCUGUGGCGGGCGAACAAGGGGCGCCUGCCAAAAGGAGCGGUCACGUCUGGGAGAGGCGGCCCUAAUCCUACCUACGACCGCGCCCUUUUGCUGCGGAAGUUGCAGGAGGCCGGCAUCGCGCCCGAUCCGCCGACGGGCGACGAGGCGUAGGUUGACGCGGCGGGCGUCGCCAUGCUCUCGGUGGCGAGGCCUGUUGUUGUUAAACUUCGUAACAAUCUUAAAAAUAGAACAAAA